CAAUAAAAGCAGCAGUUCUUAUUCAGCGAUGGUAUCGUUUCUAUACGGCCCGACUAGAAAUGAGAAGACGUUACACACUCAGUAUAUUUCAGUCCAUAGAAUAUGCUGAAGAACAAGCUCAGCUUCAGGUUAGGAAUGAUUUCAUAUUUUUUAAUUUCAUUUUUAUAUGAUUGGAAAAUAAACCAAUAUCUUACUAUACCUAAGCAACAAUCUUUGUAAAGUAACUGUGUUAGAAUUAGAAUUGUCCAUUUGUCUUUGGCCGAAUCAAAAUUCCGCAGAUCGGACAAAUUCCAAAUAACCAAGCAAAGAGGGGAGGGAGCGUGGGGGUGGGGGCCCCACCCGAGGUAUCAAUCCGGAUAAUUAAAGGUUGAUUGCAGCUCCGGAAUAAGAAAGUCACUGAGUGACUAAAAUAAAUUGCUCACGCCGAAACUCGUUGCUUGAAAUAACUUAGGUGAUGCAGAGUAAAUGUAGCGCCGUGGUCGGUAACUUCUCAAAAGACCACGGCUUCUUGGGGGGCGGAGCAAGCUCUCAAUCGCAACGGUCGUAGACUCCCUGAGCUCCGAUAGCCGGCACAAAAAGUGCCUAAAAUAAGCUGAAACGCGGGGUGCAGUCCCCCCAACACAUACUGGAAGGUGCCACCAGAGGAUGGGGAGAAAAACUAAAAAAUCCGACCAGAUCAACCCAGGUUCUGCGCCAUAUCGGGGACCUCCUGAGGGGGCCGCAUGGCGCAAGGAGAUCUGACAUGGCGGUGGACCUGGAAGAUUUUUCUGACGCAUCGGAGGACUACUCUCCCCACAACAUGGAGGAGCUGAGAAUGAAACCACCAAAGCCUGCCCAGCCAGCAGACAAGGGGUCACAGCCGCUUACCACAGACAUACUCACCAGCCUCCUGGCGGACCUCCAUCAAAACCUCUCAUUGGAAAUUUCACAGGUCAGAGAAGACCCUAAGGGGUUCAACGGGCGCCUGAACGCAGUCGAACACACUACCACAAAGCAGGCAGUACACAUUCUGGAGUUACAGAAACAGAUAGGCACCCUUACUACAGCUCACAACACGCUGAGCCACCAGCUUGCAGCCAUGGAGGAUAAAAGAAGGUGGAAACACCUGAAAGUCAGGGGUCUCACAGAUAGCAUCACCCAGGCUGAGCUUUUUGCGUAGACUCUUCACAGCCCUUCUGUCUCCCAAACAAGCAAGAGGCAUCACGCUGGACGGGAUGUUCCGUCUCCCCAAGACUCCAUCAGCCGCGGCCUCCAACACCAGUGACCUACUGAUCAAAUUCCAAAAUGGCCCAAAAAAAGGCAGCCAUCAUGAACGCAGUAAGAGGAAAACACCCGUUCCAAUUUGAGGAGAUGGACAUUUACCUUUUACUCCGAUCUCUCCCGCCCGACCUUACAGUGGCAGAAAACACUGCAUCCUCUCACAACCGUAUUGUCAAAGGGUAUCAAAUAUCGCUGGGGCCCGACACGCUUCCUACUCAUCCAACACCAGAACACGGAGCACAAGGUGACAGAGCGGCGCGGUGCGGCGCAUUUUGACGCGACUUUCUAUUAGGUGUGGAUCACGGAGGCUUCCGUGAGAGGGGAGCUCCGGUGUAAUUGGCUGAUCGCAGUGAGUUGGAUGCGCCCGUCUUUGUCUUUUCUUUUUAUGUGGGUUAUUGUAUAUACAUUAUUCUUGUGCCUAGUAUGCCUAUUGGGUUAUAUUAAGUGUACUAGAAUGUGUAUGUUUAUAAUGCCAUUAGAUGGCAUGACGAUCGUUUAUAUAUCUUUAUUGCGCAUGCGCGUCACACUCAUACUAAUGAGAAUACUUAUGGAUUGUGCAAUAAGAGGAUAUUUCUAUACUAAUGACAGUAUUUGUUUAAGAAUAACUUUGGGAAUGUAUAAUAAUAAUGUAUUGGUUGCUGUUAUAUUUGUUUAACAUAGGGCUAUGAUCUGAAGUGAUGAUGUCACUUCCGGUCUUGGCUCUCUGGGAUAUCACUGAUGGCCAUCAGCUGUAAGUAAUUAGUAAUUUGUAUAUGUGUAUUUAAUGGGUUCCUGGAUGAUGCUAUGAUAUAGUUACCCUUGAUAAAGGCUACCAGGAGGAGCCGAAACGUUGGGGGACUGUUUGUGACUCGUGUUUCUGCCCAUAUAGGCUUGUGAAAUUUGGUAAAUAUAUGGUUUAGCCUUUUUUUGCCUAUUUGGUCACUGUUAUAUUGUUGCAUUUUUUGCAUGCAUGAUUUGGAUUUGUAUUGCAAUAAAAUAGAUAGAUUCUAUUGUAUCAGUUGAGCUGCAUUAACAUAGCAUCUAGGCCGCAAUAGAAACACACCAUUUAACCCCUCAUUUUUUACUUACAUACGCCUUAGACAUCAACACCUAUUGCAGCACACACUUGCAGCUUGUAUACGGCAGUAAUGAGCUACUUUACCAUUAACAAUAAAAUCCACAGGCAACAUUGAAAACCUAACAAAAGUAUGCAUACUGUUGAUCGAAAUGUUAUGCUCUGAUGAACAUGUUACACGCAAUGUAUAAUACACAGUUGUCUGUGAAAAAUAAAGAAUUAAAAAAUAUAGCGGGGAAAAAACCACACAGCACAUCUGCAUGUUUCGUCCCUGCCGCAGGACUUGUUGAUACCUGCCGUGGAGAGGAGCUGAAGAAGAAAAGGCAGAGGGGAUAAUACCUGCCUGGAAGAAAAGAGCUGCACCUCGGUCAGGAAGAAGAGUUCCUGAGAGACCCCAGUCAAACUUUGACUACGUCUGAAGUGCUCCAGGGUCCCCUGUGGCAGUGAGUAAGGGGACUUGGUGGAAGCACUCAGUUGGAAUAUGGGAGCGCUGUCACAUCUGGUGGCAAGAGCGAGAUCUGUUUCCUCCCUUACACAGCAGUUCCAAACCACCACCUGGACCAGUGACCAGAGCGGAACUCAUGGAAGGAGCUCAAACCAGCACUCAUGCGGUGGCCUCAUCAACUGAGAAAUUCCAGAGUCAAGUGCAAGAAAUUCUUCUUUUUUGGCCCACACACUUUGGCUGAAGAUCGAUAUCGGCUUCAGUUGAUGAGCGGCUCAGGAGAGAAAACAGACAGAGGUACCAACGGUUAGCUGGUCUGUGAGCCUGUGAAGUCGGAAACGGGCGUCCGAAUUCCAGAGGCAGAUACAAGCCCUGAGGAUGUGCCCAUCUCAGAGAAAGCAUUCCUGCAAUGCGGAGGAGAUAUUCGGCAGGCCCCUUGGGGUGAAGCCCUCAAUGUCUGGUGCCAGCACCCGGGCAUGUACCUCCCCAAUCCAGGGUAACAUACAGGACCAGGUCGCAUCUCGGAUGUAUCUCCUGUUAAAACAGACCUGGACCAAAUGGUUAAUUGACCUGGAGUGGUUCAUAUGGAAGUUGACCUGGAUGGCCAAUAUUGAGUGCUACAGUGGUGUGCAGCACAGGAGCAAUGCGGUCCAGAGGGGGAUGGUUUUUCUGAGGGGGAGGAUUUUGAUGUAACCAGAAAAGGGGACAGAUAAAUGAGAAUGUCAAAAGUGCAGAUAGUGCAGGCAAGCCGCUGAAAAAUUGCAAAACACUCCCUGAAUCUCUCUGAUAAAAGCCAAGUGUAAAACUGCAUAACACACAAGUGCAAAUACACAGGUGAAAAUACAGUGCAGCUUGCGUCACUGUUAGAUAUACCAUUUGUAUUGUUAUAUAAUAUAUAUAGUGGUUAUAAUUACCAACAAUGUUGAGUUGAGGAUCAGACUCACAUAUAAAAGAUAAACAAAAAAAUCAUAGUGCAAAACUUUAAUAAAUAUAAAAAAUUUAGAGGCACAAUUGAAAUGAAUCAAUAUGUGCACAAGCGCUUGUUGCCUCAAAAUAGGCUUAAUCCCCAGGAUUUUCAAAUAUUUUCACCUGUGUAUAUGCACUUGUGUGUUAUGCAGUUUUACACUUGGCUUUUAUCAGAGAGAUUCAGGGAGUGUUUUGCAAUUUUUCAGCGGCUUGCCUGCACUAUCUGCACUUUUGACAUUCUCAUUUAUCUGUCCCCUGGUUACAUCAAAAUGAGGUCUCAUUGCAGUUUCCUUCUCAGGUAGUCAGGAAACAGAGAGUCCAGGUCUCAGAUACUGCUGGGCAGGAGUUCUUCUUGGGUAAUGCUCAACGUGGAUAAAAUUCUGUGGAUUUCUAUAUUCAAUUUAAAUUUUCUCACCUCACAAAAUACAUAUCUGGAGGAGCCCUCCACUCACGCGUAGCUGAGGCAGGUUUAUUCUCCUAUUCCUAUAUCUCCUAUUCCUAUAGGAGAAUAAACCUGCCUUAGCUAGGCUUGAGUAGAGGGCUUCUGAAACUUUUAGUGGUACAGGACUCUCGAAUAUCAGUCACUGAAGUUACAGUUGCCAUCAUUACAGCAGAAGAGCUGGCAUCAGGGUGGAGCACUGCUGGUCUCUGCUCACAAGCAUAUGAGGAUGUUGGUAAAAGAGGUGUGGAUGGGACUGUGGUUUCCACACCUGAAUCACAGAGAUGCUAGGCAGUUGGCCCAGAUCCCAAACCCCUUGGCAUAGGGAACUCAGCCACCCUGACAUCUUUCCACUAGCAGAGUGAGUGUCCGGGAUAUGGUGCAGCCGGCCUAUCUCUAUAGCGGCAGAAAGACCUUCUGGGAGGGGAGGUCAACAUCCUCACUCCCCAGUGGCCAAGUAUGUACCGGGGAGAAGAGGUGAGCGGAAUUCCUCACCAGCAGCAGAAUAAAGAGCUCCAUACAACCCUACCUGAAGCUCUGGCAUUGAGACAGAGUGCCACUGGCCUCUGCCCCCAAUGUGUUGUUGCUCCUGCAGGUGUGACAGUAUAGUAGAGCUCUACAAUAGUGGAUGAGCCCAAGCAGUUUACCGCACCCCCAGCAGAAGAGCAGAAGCGGCAUUGGGAGUGCCACUUGCCUCUACCCACAACUACUAAAAGAGAAGGAUAUUUGUCUUGUACUUGUGUAGGGAAUUACAGUCUCCACCAGUGUAAUACCAGGAUGUUGGGCAGUUGGCUCAGUUACCCAACCUAUUGUCUUUGAGACACCAGCCACUCUGUAUUCUCUCCAGCGGUUGAUAGGACUUAAGGGAGAGCAUGUUGUUGACACCCAUGUUGUAUUCACCUGAAAAAUAUUGUCCAUAUUUUUUAUGAUUCCCUUUGUUUGUUGCACUGUUCCCCAUGUGUUUCAUCUGUUGGUCCGGCUGGAUAGACUACCAGACAAACUGUGGAGUUACUGGGUGGCCACCAAUUCAUGUAUCAGAGGCACAUGGUGAGAACAAUGGAUGAAGCACAUGGUGAGAACAAUGGAUGGCGGCCAUUUUAACUCACAGACACUGUUUGGACUUUUCUACACAGUGCCAUCUCGCCGGUAUUUGGUGCACAAAGACAUCGUGCAGUAGUUUUAAACUAUACAACAGGGGACAUAUUAUACAGUAAUUAUUUUUCAUAUAGCCUGUAUAUUUUCUGCGGAAUCUGCAUUAAACUGUAUCUUGUGUAUGUGUGUAUGGAUGCAUGUAUUAGGCAGUGUAUGUUUAUGGAUGUACACAUUAAGCAGUAUGUGUGUAGAGAUGCAUGUAUUAGGCAGCCUUAACUGGAAACCAUAUGACACAUUUCAGGCUAAAAUAGCUGAUCUAGAAGAAUUCUCUUAUUCGGCUACAGUCACAGUUCAGCUGUUUUUGCUUUAAUUUUGCAAUUUGGUUUUCAACUCACUUGAAUUCCGAAUCUAGUGAAUAAACCUCUGUGAGAUUGUAGUUGCAUUCGUGAGGGAGUGGCAAAAUGGAUCUUUGUCUUGGGAGGCAGAGAUCCUUGCACAGGGCGAAAUCACUAGAAAUUAUAAACUGCACUAAACAAAAAAAUCUCUCCUACUCAUCAUAUUCAGGCAGUUAAAAUGAGUACUGCAAUAAAAUGUUACGAUUAAAUCAAAUCAAAGAGCAAGAUGGGAAAAAAUAAAUAAAGUAAAACUAACAGUGGUGUAUCAAUAAAUAAAAAUAAAAUCACUAACAAAGAUCCACAUAUCAUCUAUUAAAAGGUCCACCUUAGUGUAUUCACCUGAAAAAUAUUGUCCAAUAAAAGAGUCCUUGCAGAGUAUCUGCACCUUCCAAUUUGGAGAAUCUUGCUAAUCUCACUUUUUCUAGUUGUUCGUAGAGCACACAUACCUUAAUUCUUGAACAAGUAAGUUGGGUGCUUGUUCAACAGGUAGAACCCCAGCUGUUAUUUAACUACGGCCCAAGUGAUACCUUGUCAACUUUAGCUUGGCUUAGCAUCAUGCAGUAGUAAUGCCUUAACAUUUUGAGAAUGACCUCUAGCUCACCCAUUCUCUAGAUGAAACUCAAUCAAUGGAGUUGAUGUGCUAAUAAACUCUGGUUUGUUACAAGAAACAAAUGCACACAUGUGUAUAUUAUAGGGGUAUGUGUUAUAUUUGGGCUUAUGUGUAUGAAUUGGAAAUAAAAUUUAAUUGUACUCUUUGUAAAGUGAUUCUCUAUCUUAUUCCACCAGCUCUCAAACUUUUUUACAUUUAUGAUCGACCACUUUGCAGAGGUGAAUGGCCCUGGUCCAGGUAAGAGUAUGCAGUAUUUAACACGCUUUUCGGUUCACUAAGGCAGGUACAGCUUAGUCCUCAGUAACUAAAAAUGGCAUCUGAGCAGCAUUAUCACUACAGACCAUUGUAGUGGUUAAGGUACUAGAAGGUUACUGUUUCACAGUUUUAUGUCAAACUGUUUUGACUCAUUCCUCCCAACUAUCCUAAUGUCCCUAUUUUCCAGAUGCUCCAUAUUGUUAAGGUGUCUUGAGUGUAUAACAGAACUCCACAGUAAUAAAACUCACUGUAGUGUGUCUUUAAAUUACAAAAGAUGCGUUUAGAAAUAAUUUUAUGUAAAUUAUAUAUGUUGAUGUUGUUCUGAAUUACAUUAUAAUUGCAUACAUUGUUAUUGGUACGUCACAUAAAAUUUCUCAGAAUAGCUCUGCCCCUGGCACACCCCCACUCAUGCCCCUAAAAUGAAAUUUUACUAUUUUUGUCUAUUUGAAAUGUAGGGAGGUAUGCAAAUUGAAGGUCCCCCAGACAAAGCUGCCAAUCAGGAGUGGAGAUGGGGUGGGCUUCAGUUGAGCACGGGAGCCAGAUAAUUGGGAAGGCUUGUCAAGCCACACACGCAUGUAUUAGGUUUGUGGGGCCUUUGCAUGUUUACAUAGUCUGAAAAGAGACAUGUGUCCAUCAAGUUCAGCCUUCCUCACAUUUGUUUUUUUGCUGUUGAUCCAAAAGAAGGUAAAAAAAAAACAGUUUGAAGCACUUCCAAUUUUGCAACAAACUAGGAAAAAAAUUCCCUCUUGACCCCAGAAUGGCAAUCAGAUUAAUCAAGAAGCAUUUACCCUACAUUGAACAAUUAUAUCCUUGAUUGCAUGAGUCUGCAGUGCCAGAAGGACCAGAUAUCCCCCCUUACACAGACAUACACACGAUAGUCACGUGGUGACUAUAGUUUUAAGCAUUUUUUUGUACUUAUGAUGCCUCUAGCUCUUUGUCUGGACGGUAUAGUUUUAUAUCUUACUGGAUACAGCGUAAAGACUCUAAAAUUAUCACAUAAAAAAAAUCUGAAGUGAAGGUUUCAUUGCCAAUUACAGCAUGCCAUCCACUCACAGUCAGUGCCAAAGUUAGCAAUCUGUAAAAUUCUGCUAUUUCUCAUUACAGUAAAAGCAAUGCUCAGACUGAAGAUGACCCACCUUUCAGUGCAUUAUAUAUAAUAGAUAAAAUAAAAUCUGUGGUUUUCUUUGAAGCUCCUGCUUUUGCCACAAAUCUCCAGGGUUUGCAGCUUCUUUAAAUAACUCUUAAAGGAACACUAUAGCUUUAGGAAUAAACAUAUAUUUCUUACUCUAUAGUCUUUAUAUAAUUAUUUAGGGGUGUGUGUGAGGGUUUGAAAGGUGAGUCCCAUUGAGCCCUUGCUGGGCCUGACUCCAUCCUGCUGCCCCUGACAGCCACUGGAGGCGCUUCCUGCAUUCAAACUGGUCUUUGGUCCGAUAUCUGAUGCUGGACGUCCUCACGCUCUGCUAUAGCACAACCAGUGUCAGACUUAGUGCUACAAUGUAAACAUUGCAGUUUCUCUGGAACUGCAAUGUUUAACAUUGCAUCACUAUGGACAAUAUGGACACUGUACAAUUAGCUGAAGUGGUCUGGGUGCCUAUAGGGUCUCUUUAAAUUACCCCUUCUCCUACAAAAAAAUAGUUGUGUGCUGAAAAAUACUCUUUAAGUUAGCAUUAAAUAAAGACAAAUUCUAUUUUACAGACUUGAUAUCUGAUAUUGUCAACUGCUCAAGAGAAGAACAAAGGCAACUUGAGGAUUAUGAAAUGCUUGAAGUUCCAAACUCUUAUGAUGGACCACAAAUUUCAUUUCCUUUGACUGUGUCUGAUACAAACACUCUACUCCAUGCCUUUAAGCAAGAAAAGGUAACUGUUCUCAAGGUUCAUAUGUAGAUCUAAAGUUCAGUUUAAAAAAGGGCUGCUCCUAAAAGUAACAGGUACAAUUACAACCCAUGCACCUCUCUAGCUAGGAUUGAUUUACAAAGUGUUACACUGAGAUUUCCUUUGUUUCAAGUAUGUUACAAAGAUGGAGCAAAGUAAGAGUACCACCCACAUGCGACAGGGAAUCAUGUAGUAUUCUGUGCUUUUCCAUGUCUUUACACCGGGGGUGGACAAAGGUAGAUCCUCACAUGUUGUAAAACCACAAAUCCCAUUUUGCUUUGCAUGUCUUUAGAAUGACAAAGCAUCAUGGAAGCUGUAGUUUUAAAACAUCUGAGGAUCUACCUUGUGAGCUGUCACUGCUUUACAUUAUGUCAUGUCUAUGUCCUCUUAUGUUUCCUCUAAUGUGCGACAAACACUGAUCAGCCGAAAUAUUAAAACCACUGACCUGUGAAGGGAAUAACUUUUAUUUUAUCGUUACAAUGGCAACUGUCUUGGGAUGGGAAAUAUUAGGCAGUAAGUGAAGAGUAAGUUCUUUAAUUUCAUGUUUUGGAAGCAGAAAAAAUGGGCAAGCGAAAAGAUCUUGGUCAAUUUCACAUGUGCCAAAUAGUGAUGGCUAGAUAACUGGGUUGAGAACAUCUCCAAAACUGCAAGUCUUGUGGGGUGUUCCUGGUACUCAGUGGUUAGUACCUAUCAAAAGUAGUGCAAGGAGACAACCAGUGAACCGGAAUCAGGCCUAUGGGCACCCAAGGCUUAUUGAUACACGUGGGGAGAGAAGGCUUGCCCAGGAGAGCUACUGUUGCUCAAAUUGCUGAAAAACGUAAUGCUGACCAUGUGUCAGAACACACAGUGAAUCGCACUUUGCCGCGUAUAGGGCUGUGUAUCUGCAGACCACUCAGAGUACCCCUAAUGACCCACAGUGUAUUAAAUGGACUUGAGCAUCAGAAUUGGACCAUGGAGCAAUGGAAGAAGGUUGCCUAGUCUGAUGAAUCACAUUUUCUUUUACUUCAGGUGAAUGACUGGGUGCAUGUGCGUCAUUUACCUGGAAGAGAUGGCAGCUAAGGGAUGCACUAAGGGAAGAAGGCAGGCCAGUGGAGGCAUUGUUAUGCUCUGCUCAAUGUUCUGCUGGGAAACAUUUGGUCCUGGCAUUCAGGUGGAUAAUACUGUGACACAGACCACCUACCUAGAAACUGUUCCAGACCAUGCCCCUUCAUGACAAUGAUGAUCCCUGGUAGUUACCUCUUUCAGUAGGAUAAUACACCCUGCCACACUGCAAAAAUUGUUCAGGAAUGGUUUGAAGAACCAUAGUCCCCAUAUCUCAAUCUGAUGGAGCAUCUGUGGGAUGUGCUGCAACAAAAAAAGGUUAUCCAUGGAGGCUCCACCUCACAACUUGCAGGGCUUAAAGGAUCUGCUGCUAAUGUCUUGGUGCCAGAAACCACAGGAGACUUUCUAAAGUCUUGUGGAGGUCAUGCCUAGAAACAUCAGACCUGUAUGGCAGCACAAUUGAAACCUACAUGAUAUUAUGUAGGUGGUUUUAAUGUUAUAACUUAUCAGUGUAUUGACACUCGUCUUAUGCACUUAGCUAAUAUUCCUGUUACUAGAGCACAAAAUGAUUGGCAAGAGAUUCAUGACUACAAUUAGUUUUUUUUUCUUUUUAGAUAAAACAUGUAUAUGAAUUAGACCAGUGAUCCUUCCAGUGACAAAAUUUCUCCAUCACCCAGAUGGAGAGUACAUGUCUUGUAGACUCAUGACUCUCCAGUCUUUGGCUAUCGGAUACUGUGCAACUGAAAAGGGAUUUCUCUGAACAUACAUCAGUCACUGAAGUGCUACAAAAUGCCAAUCAUCUGGGCAUGUUAGAGGCAGCUGUCUCACUGAUAUGAGCAGUGCAGACAUAAUCUUAGCCCAAUACAAAUUCAAUCCUGCGGAAAUAUAAUUUGUUCAAGUUUUACAGGCUCUGUGUGCUAAUUACCGUAUUUUCACUUUGUCUGUUUUAGUAAACGACCACCUCCUGUUUCCACUAGACUUUCUGGCACCCAUCAUGUCUUGCACUGCAGCAAAACCUUCAACACCUAAUGUUCUGCUUACAGUCUAACAUUUACAAUUAAAACAAAUCCAUAGUUUGAGAGAGCAAAACUACAAGAGAUACCCGUGUUGCAAAACCACACUCUUAUCCCUUGCUUACAGCCAGACAAUUCUGAGUAUACCAGUAAUAGACAGAAAUAUACUGCAUUUCCACAUGGGACUGUUUUUGCACAUAGAUAAUCCACUAUUAUUGCUAUGUACAGCAGGGUCAGAUUAAGAGCCCAGUUGGCCUGGUGCUGACAAUUAUGAUGGGCUUAAUUACAGAAUCGUAUCGACCAAAAACACUAAAACAGUCAUACCUCCUAAGCAUCAUGCAUCAGAUGGAGAUGGUGCUGGAGGGAAGCUCAUAGGAUGCAGCUAUAAGAAAACACAUACCCUCUGCUAGUCUCUCUCUAAUUUAUGCUUUCAUCUUUCAAGUAAAUCCAUACCCCCUAACAGCAGUGUCCAGUGAAGCAGAAAGUAAAGGGGUGUGCCACUGAUGCGAAUCACGUAACCAGAAAUGGCAAAAGGGGUGAACAUGCCCAAAAAGGUGGCAUGUCUGCCCAAAAAAUUGGAAGGUCAGCCGGGAAUAAAUGCAUGUAUGUAGUGAGUGUAGAAGAAAGGGUCACAGCCACAGUGUUAAAACCCGGGAGCGGAAGUAAAUUGAAUGACGGCCGAGGACGGGGGGGGAGAAAAAUACCGCUAAUUAAGAAGUAUUUAAAAAGGAACCCAGGAACAAGAUACAGCAGCAACUGAGGAAGCCUCUGAACGAGGUGAAACGCGUUUUACACUUUAGGGACUUUAUACAAAGGACUUACCUUCAGAAUUGUAAGGUUUUUUAAUUAUUUUAUAUAUUUUUUACCACUUGUGCAAUUUUUAAUAAAGCACUUUAUACCUAUACUGAAUAUUGUGAGGACAUCCCAUUGCUUGAGACCUCCUAUCAGUAAAAGAAGGGAGUGGGUACCUUCCACAAAGCUGGAAAUCUGAGCCUAAUUCAGUGGCUCUUCGCUUGUGAGUGAUUUUCCACACAUUACUGCACUUUAUGAUUCAUAAUUGGCUAUAUUGCACAAUUUUUGUCUGCUUAAAUUUUAUCUCUAGGAAUACAUUGAUCCAGGAAUCAUCCUAGUUCCAAAAGACAGAUACUCCACCUUAUAUUGUAUGUAUAUAUCUGUUUACUGUAAGGUUUAAAGGAAAACUCACUAAGGUGUUAGAGUAUCCACAACUAUUGGCGUUACUCACUGGGAUAUUGUAAUACAUAUAAUUUUCUACAGUGUUAGAGAGGCCAAAGUCAUUAUUACCUUAAUUAAUUUAAUUGUCAGCCAGUCCACACAAGUUUUGUUCCCAUACAUUCCUCUUAAGUUUCCAUACUUAAGCAAGAGUAUGUGAAGAAUAGUUAGGGUUGCCACUUUCUUGUCCCCAUGUCCGGUGUCCCCAUGUGUCUGUGCCCCCAGAUCUCCCAGUGUCCCCUAUGCAUCACAGUGUCCCUCUGUAUAACAUCAACUCAGUGCCCCAUGUCUUCCAGUGUCUCCAUGUCUCCCUGUGUCCCCCAGUGUCCUUUAGUGUCUCAGUGAUAACUUAAGCAGAUUUAUUGAACACCGCAAUGUUUCAACCUGUACCCAAGUUUGAUAAAGAAAAAUAAAUAUAUAUAUAUAUGUGUGUGUGUGUAUUAUUAUUUGUUUUUAAAUCAAUGGGCCUAUUCCAUGGACAAGGACCUGAAGCUGCAACUCCAUCAGCCCCUAUGUUAAUUUGGCCCUGAUGUGCAGUACAAGAAGUACAAAAUGGCUUCUAACAACUAGGAACCCUUUAUUUAUUUAAACUCUCAAAAAAUCAAAGGGAAAUUAUAGAGCUAGGAAACAAAGUUGUAUUUCCUGGCACUAUAGCUCCCUAUAGUGCCCUCCUCCAUCAAGGCCUCCCCCUUUUUCCCCCGUGUUGCAGAAGGGGUUAUCAAAACCACAUUAACUGAGUGUCAACCAGUGUUACAGAGUUUUCAGCUUUGGCAGUCACGCUGGCAAUGUGAUAUAGCUAUUACCUGACAUUACCUGACAUUUUGCAUAUAAGUGUCAGGGUCAAUGUGAUUGCUUAUUGCAGCAGUGCUGCUUUCCCCAGUGCAUUGGAAAACUUUCUGCCAAAAGUGCUAUGCGUUUAUUUUAAUAUAUUUUAUCAAAUUUUGAACAAUAAGACACUGAGCUAGCUUUUUUUCAGUUAAAUGGACUCUCAAAUCAACAAACCAAUUUUAACUUGAUUAAGUGGUUUUGGUGUACAGAUAAUGUCCUGUAGUCUCACUGCUCAAUUCUCUGUCAUGAGUAAAAUUAUUUUGUUUAUGCAUUCCUAGCCACACUUCCCCUGGCUGUGAUGGCUGUGACUCAUUUUGUGUAAAAGAGCCUACAUUGUUAGCUUACCUUAUUACACAGUGUGUUUAAUUUAGAAAACAUCUUAUCUCCUACUCUGUCACUGGCAUGCUAGAGCCUCCUGUGAGUGAUUACUAACAACAUAGGAGAUAAGAACUUCUAAAGUAAACACGCCCUGCUAUACGAUCUGAUUGAAAAUAAAACCACCUUUUCAUGGAGGUGUGGCAUGUCUGGGGAUAUUUUGGAAGGGGGACAAAAAUCUAAGUAGCCUGUAGAUCAUUGUAAAUUUAGGAAUACAUGUUUGCAUUCCUAAUGCUAUAGUGUUCCCUUAACCAUGCUCUUGUUUAUUUAACCUUUUUCAAACUCUUAACCAACUUACUCAAUAUAUCCACUUGUACCCCCCUCCUCUCUCCCCCACCUAAAGUCCUAAACACACUCUCUAUUACCAUAUGGGAUCCCCUUGAAGCUUCUUUUAGUAACCAUAUGUCCGGUUACAAGUCUUAGACAAGUUUCUUGUCCAAAUCCUGCCAGGUAAAAAAAAAGCCCACGGCCUAUUUCAACUCAGCAUGAUGGGUUUUUACUCCAACUACCCUUGUUCCCAGAGGAUUUAACGGUUGCAAUCAUUUAUAAGACAUGACUACAGAGAACGCUUAGAUCCUAAAUAUUUAAGUCCAAGGACAGUGUCUGCAUUAUUUCUCAUGUCAUCCUCAAGAUUUUUUUGAGCCUAAAGAUAAUCUCAUCUCAACAUAUGCAUGGACUGGGGAUCCCAAACCAUACUUUUUCAACGCUGGUUCACAGAGACUACAGCUUGAUCCACCAGUUUCCCUGAUUUAAAACAAAGUAAAGUGGGCUCUUAGCCUUAUGUAUUUCCCAUAACUAUGUUUAAGAGUUCUUGUGCAUGUCCAGGGUUCAGGACGGCCUGUCAAAGGUUUUGUUUGCUAGUACCUUAAAGGAUUUCUGCCCUUUUAGUUCUUUCGACCUUAUUCUUUGCCUACACUGUUUUCUUAUUUGUCCAUGCUACUAGUUAUUAACUUAUCCCACAAGUAACUAUUUCCAAAUGGACCAUGACCAUGUUAAGGAAAACAAAAUAUGCUGACCAGAUUAAUUCCUUUUUAUCUGUGCAGUCUAUGGUCUUUUAUUUCCUUGAAGGGAAACUCCAGUGCCAGGAAAACAAUCUGUUUUCCUGGCACUGCAGGUCCCUUCUCCCUCCCACCUCCCAAUCCCCGGUUGCUGAAGGGGUUUAUAAAAAACUGCAAUAAUUACACUUGCAGGGUUAAGGGUAGUGGGAGUUGGCACCCAGACCACUCCAAUGGGCAGAAGUGGUUUGGGUGCCUGGAGUGUCCCUUUAAGGUGUUGUAGCCUCCUGGGUUUAUUCCUGCUCAAAGACAUUUCUCUAGUUACAUCCAAGUAUAUAAUGGUAGCAAUCUUUUUAAAAUAUGCAAAAUCAAUAUGUAAUACUUAUGUUCAACUUAUGCCUUUUACAGCAACUCCAUGCGCGAUAUGUCCUUCAGCUCUUUCAUGAAACCCAGACAUUUCUCAAACAAAUGCCAAAUGUUGUUCAUAUAUCUACAUCAUAUUCCAAGGAGUUAACAAUUUGUGGUGAGUAGAAUGUAAUUAGCUGAUAGAUUAUUCUGUACUUUAUGUGAUUUCUUUAUGGGUUUUAUGUAUUAUGACAGCUAACCGCAAGAGAAACUUUACUUUAAUUGACUUGACUAUUACUCUCUUUAUUAUUAAUAAAUCACCUUGGGCUAUCUUUCUGUGUGUAUUAACCUCAUCAUAACAUAGUUCUUUAAGAUCUGCUGUGGAAAUAUAAAAUAUGUGCUGUUAUACUGAAUUGUGAGGAAUGUACUGAUGAUUUUGGAUAUAAAUAUUACCAAAAUGCCAGUAUAUUGUAAACAUAUUUGUACAAGUACAUUAGGACACAUACAGUAAGUACAACAACCUGAUACAUGUAGAACUGUUACUUCUGUGGAAGUGACAGUCCCAGUCACUGAAUGUUCAUUGAACCAAUUGCUGGGUAAAGCUGUCAUGCAAAAUAAUUGUGCUUACGUCUGCAAAACAUUUUUGAAUAUGAAUUAGAAUAUGGCAUCCCAUGAUGUCUCAGGUGAUCUCAUGGGCAUUCAGAAUGUACAGAGGAAUGCCAUAUGAGCACAUAUGCGCAUUAGGUCUCCCCCGUCGGCUGACGUCGGUGAGGGAGGAGCAUGGGCGGAGCCUGACCCAGAGCCGAGGGAUAUCUGCGCUGGAUGCAGGUAAGUCACUGAAGGGGUUUUAACAUGGGAUGGGGGGUGGGAGGGAGGGGGCACUGCAGGGUCCUGUAAUGCCAGGAAAACAGAUUUGUUUUCCUGGCACUGGAGAAUCCCUUUAAGUCCUUCAGGGGACAGGAGUGUCCUUUUAAUGCAUAUUAAAUGUCACUUUCUGAGCCAACAGUGUGCUUUGAUGCCAAUUGACUGAUUAGGAUCCUAUUUACCUUGGGAAAAAUUCAGUUAAUAUGAAACUUACAAACAUGGAAGAUUUUAAAGCCCCAGGCACUUCUGCAGCCUAAACACGAAAAUAAAAUUAAUAUUAAUUCUGCUCAUCAUUGAAAUAAAUCUGUUUUGUUAUUGAUUCUGCAUAUUACUAUAUCUGUGUUAUUUAGGUGAUCUCCAUGGGAAACUGGACGAUCUUUUACUUAUAUUCUACAAGGUACUUUACUGUGUUUCAUAAUGUUUAAAAUUAAUCUUAAAUAAAAUUAAGCCAUUUACAUUUUCUUAUGCAUUUGUUUUCUACUAAAUACAUUCAAUAGCUCACAUGCUAAUGGAGAAUGUCAUUCUAGCUAUUUAAAUAAUAAAAGAAAAAACUAAAUUGAGCCAACUCUUUUUAAACUUAAGGUGUUAUAUUUUUAUUGCCCCAACAUAUUUUCUAAUUGUGAGCACAUCAUAUAUAUUAUAUCUGCAGAAUGGUCUUCCUUCGCCAGAUAAUCCUUACCUUUUUAAUGGAGAUUUUGUAGACCGUGGGAAGAAUUCAGUAGAAAUAUUAAUAAUCCUCUUUGCAUUCCUUCUCGUCUACCCCAAUCAUUUACACUUGAACAGAGGAAAUCAUGAGGAUCCCAUCAUGAAUAUGAGGUACAAGUAGUAUUUAUCUUGAGUGUAUUGUAAAGCAUGUAUCUUCUCAACUGAACUUUGAGUAUUUAUAGCCAUUUGGUCCCCAAUUGGUACAUAAAAUAUUUAAAAUAAUAUAAAACUAACAAUUGUAUGGAGAUGAAAAAUGUAGAGAUGUAAUAAAUACAGAUUGUAUUAUAGAAUAUAUAUAAAAUACAUAAAAAAAUAAAUAUAUAUUUAUAUAUAUAUAUGUAUUAAGGCCUUUGGCCUGUAAUUGUGGGAGGGGCGUAUGACUCACCUUCUCCCUACUUAAGGGACACCCCUUACCUGGCUCCAUACCGUUCGAGGUCAGCGCUGCAUCGAGAAUCCACUUCCGGUUCACGUACGGCGCCAUCUUGCUUUUCAAAAACCCGCGGUUUUCGUUUGGUGUAGCUGUGUCCAGGAAUCCUUACAGGUUUUCCGCCCGUUCAGCCACGCACAUACCCGGUGUUUUCGUCGCAGAUUAAGUCCACAGGACUUCAAAAUCGUAAGUCCGUCGCCCGGAUCAUUUCCCACGGCGUCGCGAUUUAAAACGGCCUUACUUUACGGCCACACGCUUUACGGCCAAGUCACAGGCAUAUUAACCCCUUUGCUGCCGGCAGGCAUAUCGGUUUCGGUUUUUCUUUGUAUUAAGCAAAUUUGUUCUGCAUAUCAUCAGCUAUAAUUGGUUUCAUGUUAUUACUGUUAUUUAUUUUAUGCAAAUUACGAAAUCCUUGCAUAUGACUGGGGCAAUACCCCUGUUAACUACUUAUGAAUAAGUAUUUAUUUAGGUUAUGGUUUAAUCUUAGCAGAUAUGGCAUUAUUAAGUUUUAUUGAAAUUCUUCAUGUUAUAUACAUAUAUUUAUGGAGUUAAGCUUAGACAAGCUUUUACAUUUUACAGAUAUCGCUUGUAGGAUUUACGUUAUAAAUUAUGUUUAGAAAUUUACGUUUCUAUCAUACCAUGUACUCACGUUUCUUACAUGGCACUUAUAUAUUCUGACUUUUUCUUUGUGUACUCAAACGACAUACCAAGUACACAAGAACACGGUCUCACAAAUCUCACAAACUCUCGGGUUGAAUCACACGCCUUGAUUCAACCACUCAUACGUCACGUUUUGUUUCCUAAUUUUGGGAUAACUUCUCAAAUAUUUCUGUACCUCGUACUUACCUCUUUUCAUGGCUUACGUUUACAGCCUAACAUAUACGGUAUUGUUUUAAAUCCUGCACCUUAUUAUACCACAAACACUAGCAUUACUAUAUCAUACGCAUUAAUCUGGUCACCAGAGAGACAUAUCAUACACACCCCCAAGCAUGAUUACCAUACCACAUACAGGGCCAGUCGGGCCAAUAUCACUCAUGUAUUCCCUUUCCAUAUGUACUACUAGAACUCAUCACAAAUAACUAGUCUAAAUUGGUAUCAUAGGAUCCAAUUCUCACACUAUCAUAUUUGGUUUUUCUAUCCCUUUAGGUUUUCCAGUUUUUUUUUUUCUUCUACCUAUCGCUUAUCAAACGCAUACAUACUACCAGGUACGUUAAGCCUGCUCACGCCAUACAUCACAUAUGGUUCCUCCUCUACUUAGGACAUAGAGUACUGGCAAUUUUAGGGGUUAUAGGCCCAAAUAGGUAUCCCCCCUCCGGGCAUUCUGCCUAUCGUUUAGUGGUCCGCGAGGCCAACACCCCGCCUCAACGUUUCGGAGGUAAUGCCCCCCGGGCCACACGUGAGUUAGCCGCCUCGCAUUAUAGAGAGGGUGCCACCUGUCACUCCCUUCCCCUGUUUUCUUGUAUUGUCACCGAGAGGCCUACGAAUUCCUGCCACUACGUCGGGUGGCCUCAAUAACCCCUCGCGCCAACGCAUAGAUAGAGCCUCUCAUAGCCACUUGGCAACUAGCAGGGCCUCACCUGUCACCAAAGAACAAGUUUAAUUUUUCGCCUCAUCCGGCAUAAUUAGCCUGCCAGUACAUCCCCUCGGGGGGUUUUAUGCUAACCAUAUACUUUGUAAUCUAGUAUGUCUCAAGAAGGGGUAGAGGAUUUCUCCAUCCCAAGGACUCCGGCUAGAACCAACACCCCAUCACAGGAGGAAGAUACGGCUAGUCCAGCAUCUUUCAGAUCAUGGACUAUCCCUCGUAUCACUAGCGAACUCAGGAGACGACAAAUCCCUUUUCCAGCAACAGCAAGGAAAGCGGAACUUUACAAAUUAUUACACACCUCAACUGAUAACAUGGACGCUGGGGAAGGGUCGAGCCAGUCCCACCCAGGGAACAUACAUGACAUGCUCACGUCCCUCAUGACAUCCAUGAGCAAGGUCAAUUCUAGGCUGGAGAAACUUGAAUCGGUCACUACAGCCCUCACUAUGGCUGGACCGGCCACGGCAAUUCCCCCAUCAGUGGUGGAGUCGCAAUCAGUUUCUCCAGCUAUCACCUCGGAUGACCAAGAAGUUUACCCUGCCCACAUGAUUCCUGAGCACCUCAGGAGAGAUAUCCUGGAAGGUAAAGAUGUCAAUCUGGCCUCACUACUAAUUGCCUCCCAGGAUAUAGUGGAACAUAAGACCUACGCUUAUGACGAUAUUUCUGUGGUGGUCAAAUCCAGGGAUGCACGAUUAAAUAGGAAGCUAACCAUUCCUGAAUUUGUAUUAGCUUUUGGCAUUUAUCGGGAUGUGGUCUGUACGGUAUAUCCCCACAGACGUGAGGAGUUUGACUUAUAUAUGCACAGGCUGGUUGAUCUGGGCAACAAAUAUGGUGGGUCAGCUUUCUAUGACUACCAUAGAUCUUUUUCUGCCAAAGUGUCUGGCGCCUUCUCACAGUACGGGACAAGGUCCAACUGGAGUAAGAUUGAUACGAUCAUUUUUGCAGGCACUUUGCAGGUCUAAGAGCACCGGCCUGUGCACACUGCUCCUCCAUGGCUCAUACUGCCAAUUUUUGUCCGACCACUGCGAACGAACCUACCACCUCGCAGGGCACUAGCUCCGCUGUGUCAGCAGAGAGAACACCCAAAGACAAACUGGGUCGACCUAUCAAGUUUUUGGGGAAGUCCCAAAUAUGUAAUAAUUUCAAUGUCGGUGCAUGUAAUUACAGCGGUUGUCGGUUAUUGCAUAUAUGUUCAAAAUGUUUUAGGGCACAUGCGAAAACCAUGUGUCCAAAUAAAAUGUACCCUAAGCAAUACUUAACUGAGAUAAAUAUUUCUGUACUCACGGCAUUACUGUCACAACAUCCAUCUAGACAUUUGGUAGACUUCAUCAUCACUGGUCUAUCACAAGGAUUCCAUACUGGUCUCAUACACAUGCCUUCAGGAAUCCUUGAAUGUCCUAAUUUACAAUCUGCACAACAAAACCCUACAGCGGUCAGCACACUCAUAGCCAAAGAAGUGGCAGAGGGCUUCCUAUUGGGACCCUUCCAGUCCUCUCCUUUUUCCACAUGGCGGACAAACCCCAUCGGUAUUGUCACAGGGAAAUCUUCCCACAAACAAAGACUUAUCAUCGAUCUGUCUGCACCUCACACCUCUGCCUCACCUAGUCUGAACUCCCUUAUCCCCUCUGAGGAAUUUUCACUUCAAUACUCCACCAUAGAUCACGCCAUUACAGCUAUCAUGCAGGCAGGGGUCGGAGCAUGGCUCAGCAAGACUGACAUUACAAAUGCCUUCAAAUUAUUGCCUAUCCACCCUACACUAUGGCACCUGCAUGGCAUUAAGUGGGCCGGGCACUACUACUUUUUCUCACGCCUAACGUUUGGUUCAAAAAGUAGUCCGGCCAUUUUUGACGUAUUCGCCGAAACAUUAUGCUGGUUAUUAUUAAAUGUAGCCAGAUGCCCUACAGUUAUACACUACCUGGAUGAUUUCUUACUGAUCGAAGAGAACACUUCCCCUCCCAGUAGCCUCAUAGAAACCAUCAGUCUUUUUAAACAGGUGGGUGUUCCAGUCUCCCCCACCAAAACUGAAGGACCAGAUACAGUCAUCACCUUUCUGGGAAUCAUACUAGACUCAGCCACCAUGCAAGCCAGCCUGCCACUCACCAAGAUAGAGAACAUUCUCACCAACAUUAACCUCUACAUACACCUCGGUACUUGCAAUCGCAAAGAAUUGCAGUCUCUACUUGGGUCACUGAACUUUGCCAUGCGCAUUAUACCUCAAGGCCGGGCUUUCAUCUCACGGCUCCUAACCAUGUUCCCACUGUUUAGACAUGAUGCACACAGGUUACCACUGGAUACCCAAGCCACGGCAGACCUACUUAUGUGGAGAAACUUUUUGACCACCUGGAAUGGGAAAAGCAUGUUUCUCCCUAAAUUGUCUGACUCCUCACCUACCAUCUGGUCAGACGCGGCGGCUACCACAGGUUUUGCAGCAAUUUACGGGAAUGAAUGGCUUUGGGGUAGCUGGCCUCCAGAGGUACAGGACCUGGAAGGGUUUUCCACUACCUCAGCUCUAUUUGAGAUGUAUCCCAUUGUAGCAGCUGCCGUGACAUGGGGGCAUCUAUGGGCAGGUUCGUCAGUACGUUGCCACUCAGACAACCAAGCUACCUGCCACAUCAUAAACAAAGGCCGAUCCAAGUCACUGACCAUUAUGAGGUUCUUGAGGAAACUCACCUGGCUGGCUGCAUGCCAUAACUUCUUCUUGUUUUGUGUCCAUGUCCCAGGUGUUUGUAACACGGCUGCUGACAAUUUGUCUCGUUUCAAUUUUCAGGCUUUUCGGCAAAUACUUCCGUCAGCCGCACGUACAGCCACGACCACUCCACCUUUCCACCAGCUAGUCAUGGACUAGAAGCUAUUAUGCAACAUAGCAGGACAUUGGCACAAUUAGCACUGUCCACCAAUACCCGGAGAACAUAUGACAGGGCUUUCCUUCUAUUUAAAAGAUUCCUGUCACUACACAACGUCACACAACCUUUCAUCAUGACAUCUUUGUUAGGUUUUGCUUCUUUUUGCCACCUCAAACUUAAAUUAUCUUACAACACAAUCAAGCUAUAUCUAACAGGCAUACAACAUCACAUGCUAACAUUACAACCAAACAACACAAGUUUCAUGUCCUCCUACCAGAUAAAAACAUCCUUAGAGGUAUCCAGAGAUCCGAACCCCCACGUACCGCGCAAAGGCUACCUAUAGACUUCAAUAUCUUCAAGGAUUUAUCCAGCCUACUAGAUUCAAAACCCUUUGCGAACAACACAAACCUUGUUAUAAAACCGCCAUAUACGUAGCUUUUUAUGGUUUCUUGAGACCAAGAGAAUUUACCGCCAUCAACACAUCCCAGUCCACUCACAUUCUGCUUCAUUCACACUUAACGAAACACAUGGAUUACUAUAUUUUAACUCUGCAUCACUCCAAAACCAAUCAACACGCACCCCCGGUAGAGGUUAGAUACUAUCCUACCCACAACGUGUGGUGCCCCGUCACAUUACUGGACACCUAUACUCAGCAUUUCAAGGCAUCACCAUCUCAACCACUUUUCUGUCUACAAGGUUCGGUACUCACUACCACCACCUUCAUGACCCACGUCAGGUCCCUACUUACACAACUAGGCCUAAAAUCAGCUAACUAUUCGGGCCACUCCUUCCGCAUAGGGGCGGCCUCCACAGCGUCCAGUGCAAACAUUCCAGUACAUGUUAUCAAGUCACUAGGGCGCUGGAAGUCUUCUGCAUACUCUAGAUACAUACCUAACCCGGUACAAGAAGUUAGAAAUGCCUUUCAAGAUAUGUCUGGUUGAAGUAUGUAUACUGCUCGUUUCGUAAUAAAGUAUAUUUUCUACUUUUGCCCUCUUUAUUUACAGGCCUACCUCAUCGUCGGUUCCGGCACACCACAACCGACUUGCUCUUUCACACUAUCCCAUACUUAUCAGUGCUGGUUUCUUCUGUACUAUCAUGAGCCCUUAACACAAGUAUUAAGGCCUUUGGCCUGUAAUUGUGGGAGGGGCGUAUGACUCACCUUCUCCCUACUUAAGGGACACCCCUUACCUGGCUCCAUACCGUUCGAGGUCAGCGCUGCAUCACCCUCCCACCCACUCCUCUUUUAUUAACUCCUUUUUCUCAUACAUUUCUUAUUGGUGGGCCCUCUUUAUUUACAGGCCUACCUCAUCGUCGGUUCCGGCACACCACAACCGACUUGCUCUUUCACACUAUCCCAUACUUAUCAGUGCUGGUUUCUUCUGUACUAUCAUGAGCCCUUAACACAAAUAUAUAUAUAUAUAUAUAUAUAUAUAUUUAUAUAUAAAAUUAUAUAAAUAUAUAUAUUUAUUUUUAAAUAUUUUUUGUAUCUUGCAUUCACAAUAAAAAACUGUACUUUAAAAAAAAAAAACUACAUGCUUAUAGUUUUAGUUGGCUAGACUCCCAAAUAUAUAUAUAUAUAUAUAUAUAUAUAUAUAUAUAUAUAUAUAUAUAUAUAUAUAUGAAACCAGGGGGUUGCACUCACCUGAAAAUGCAUAAAUGGGGUGCUGCUGGGGGCCAAUUUAUACAAUACACAAGAUCCAGCGCACUCACUUAUCUACUAAACAGCAACUUCAAUGUUGACAGAUUGUUUUAGUUUUUUUUAAAAACACCUAAUCUAGGCAAAAUAAUGGGGGUUUAGUUACAUUAUAUGAUCAUACAUUGCAUAAGCCUGCCACAACGUCAGUGUACCAUAUAUUUAUGGAUAUGUAACUAUACGAUGAAUAGACACCAAAAAAUGGUAGAAUAUCCUUCCAAAGUUAAAUCUCGAGAGAGGGUGUGACAACCAUAACCGCGGUAUCACUUGUAAAAAUAAUAACCACCACUAAAGGUUAAAAAUAUAAAACGUGUAAGAUGCUUAUUGAAAUAAAUGAAUAAUGAAUACAGGACUCAGUGGAAAUGGAGAAGCAAAUAGCAGCUAAAUAAAUAAGAAUACCCUUGAUUCCUCUUUAAAUGUGUCAGCUAGUCAGAUCAUAACCUCCUAUAGAAUAAAGUAGGUGAAAUCCACUGGCUGUUAAAGGGUUAAUCUAGUAAAGAUUCUGUAAUAUAUAGAAUCAAUACACCAUGUUAAAAAGUGAUAAAUAAUAAAAAAUAAUAGAUCCCACAGGGGAUUGUAAAGUCCUUCGAACUAAGUCUAAUAUAUGGUGCAGCAGACAGAGUACUGUUCAUGAAAAUUUGUUAGUACAUAUCAACUGUCUACAAAACACAUAAUAAUAUAAAAGACUAGUAAAUAAAACAGUCCCAAAUGAGAGAAGCAAUAAUACCAGGUAUAGCAGACUGGGGGUCCAAAGAUGUUAGUAACACUCUCUUGACGGCCGGACAGAGGUGAAUUGGGACCUCCUCUUGCUGGAAUAACACUGUGUACUAGCCGCGUGCAUUCCACUGUGGCUGCUGGAUGCAUUCCAAAUGCUCACUCUCAGGAACCGAUCUGUACCGAUGUGGAGAUGCCGCCUAGGCUUUUAUAUUAUUAUGUGUAGACAGUUGAAAUGUACUAAUGUACUAGUACUAGUACAUGUACACUAGUACAUGUACUAAUACAUUUUCGUGAACAGUACUCUGUCUGCUGCACCAUAUAUUAGACUUAGUUCGAAGGACUUUACAAUCCCCUGUGGGAUCUAUUGUUUUUAUUAUUUAUCACUUUUUAACAUGGUGUAUUGAUUCUCUAUAUUACAGAAUCUUUACUAGAUUAACCCUUUAACAGCCAGUGGAUUUCACCUACCUUAUUCUAUAGGAGGUUAUGAUCUGACUAGCUGACUGUCAGGAUUACAGAAUGAUCCAGCACCUAGAAUUGUGUAACACAGAGGACUGAUAGGUAACGUAUACCGGACCUUAGAAUGGCCGGACUAACGUACCAAAGAAUAGUCAGGAAUAGCCGAGGUCAAGAGAUAAAGAAAGAGACACAAUGAUAAGGAAAAGCCAGGAGUCAGGGAUGCCAGAAAACAGGGACGUCAAAAACCAUGCCAAAGUCAAAUAACCAGAAUAACCAAAAUCAAUAACGCGCUCUUGGACAACCACAAGGGAAACAACGACAGGGCACUGAGCAUGAUGAGAACUGGGCCUAAAUACCCCUCCUCUAGAUCUGAUAGGCUGUAACCGGCCUUUGACCCCAAAGGCAGUUACCAGGUUUCCAUUUGCAUAAUUGCUGCUCAGCCCAAACCCUCCUGUGGAUUUGGUUGCUGCUCGGCACAACUUUUCAUGUGUGGACAGUAAAUGCUAUUAACCACAUUUUUAUAAGCGGAUGAAUACGUGACACUGACACAUUUAAAGUGGAAUCAAGGGUAUUCUUAUUUAUUUAUCUGCUAUUUGCUUUUCCAUUUCCAAUGAGUCCUGUAUUCAUUAUUGAUUUAUUGCCAUAAGCAUCUUACACUUUAUAUAUAUAUAUAUAUAUAUAUCUUCAAAGACAUAUUCCUUCUGACUAAGUAAUCCACAAAUUGUGUUUGUUUUUACAGAUAUGGCUUCACAAAGGAAAUAAUGCAAAAGUACAAGGUACAAAUUGCAACAAAACAUCAAUUUUUUAUAUCCUCCACCUCAAUGUUUAAGUUCUGUGAUAUUUUUCCUCUGUUCUCUAUUCAUAAAGCUUUAUUGAUCAUCUUUAGAUUGUGUAGCUUUAAUAAACACUCACCUCACAAUGCCCAGUUCAGACCUAUCUGCCUAUUUUAGGUCCUUCUUCUUUGCUUGACUUCUCCUUAUGCUUCAGAAACCUCCAGACCUUUCUGCCACCUUCAGAACUUAUUGCCUCUUCGAGAGCUCUGCUCAGUUCACUAUGUCAUGAUCACUGAUCACCUCCACAAUGGAUGGUUGGGAAGUGCUGUGUACUUAUGCUUGCUGUGUUCCAUUGGCUUCCUCUUCAUUGUUAUGUCAUUUUGUCAUUUUCAAAAUGUCUUGCGUUUGAACAUUUCAUUAAUUUAACGGUUGUGGUGUUUGCAAAAAAAAAACAAACAAAACAUUUAGGGGAACUGUUUUAAACAUUUUAUAGAAAGAUAUGCAUAUUCUGACAGUUUGUAGCAUUUUUUUGUAUAGCGCCUGUUACUGAGUUGACAUUCAUCAAAUAUAGACUAAAAAGCAGAGUUAGAAUAAUAACCCACUUUUCCAGCACUGCUAAUUUUUGAAAGUUGCUUCUGAACUACAAAUAAACAAAAAAGAUGUUAUUUCUGUUUUAAAAAAAAAAAAACAUUCAAAUAUUGCACCAACCUGCACUAUUCUCUUCCUAAAAUAGACAAAUAAAAUAAAUAUACAUCAGAUUCUGUAAUGCUUGGUAUCAGUGUGUGCCACUGUAGCAUGGAAUCAACAUGCACUGUAAUAUGCUAUAACCUGAAACGAUGCUAUAGCAGUAUUUAAAUUAAUUACACUACAAUUAUGUUUAUUUGUAUUACUUAUUGUUGGCAGCGCUGUAGGCAAGAGUAAAGAUUUGAAAUGAUAAACAAUGAACCACUGACAAACAUUUGUGUAACAAUUAUACUUUAGUGCAGGGGUGCCCAGCAGGUAGAUCCCCAGAUGUUGUAGUACUACAACUCCCAUGAUGCUCUGUAUGUCUUUAGAAUGCUUUAGAAUGGCAUAGCAUCACAGAAGCUGUAGUUUUAAAACAUCAGAGGAUCUAUCUUUUGGGCACCCCUGCUUUAGUCAAUAAAUACUUAUAGUAAAGGAACUCACAUCCAAUCAGAUGUGUCCCUUAUAUGUGUCCCCGAUUUCUCCUAGAAAUCAGCACGUUUAUAAACUGGGGUUAAACUAGAGUAUUCCUUAGUACUCAAGCUGAAGUGCUUUUGGGGUGUGGAGGUGUCCUUUAAAUGCAGUACUAACAUUUUAGCUGAAGGAGACUUUGAGAUUAGUAACAUCCACAUUGUUGUUGUUAUGCCUUGUUUUAUAUAAAUAAUUGUUUUCAUAUGAUGUUUAAAAUGUCAAAUUUCUCAUCUCACAGAAGCAUGGCCAGAAAAUGCUACAUCUCUUAGAGGAUAUCUACAGCCAGUUGCCUCUUGCGACCAUUGUAGACAGUAAAAUCCUCAUUUUACAUGGAGGAAUAGCAGAUACAACUGACUUAGAUUAUUUGACCUCAUUUGAAAGAAAUAAGGUAAGUAGAACAAGUAAUGGCACCUCAAAAUAAAAUAAUGCCAAUAAAUAUAUAUUAUAUCAAUUUAUUUAUUUUUAGUGUAAAUGGUCAUAGGUGAAUAUGCACCUUCUAUUUAAAACACGUAUAUGUUAUUAUUUAUUAUAAUCAUAAAAAAAUACUAUUGGAUGAACUGUGCAAUGUGUUGAUGCUUUACAGUAGAAAUUCCUGUGCGAUAUGCUGUACAAUAGGAAAACUACCCUGAGAUUGUACUAGUGGAUUCGAAGUCACCUAUUAUUUGAGAUUUAAUACAAGUUUAAUGUGUGAGGAAAAUUAUAUUUGAAGUAUAAUUAAUUCAGUUUAUUUUAUGCCUUAAGAAAAUUUGUCAAUUUUUAAAUGUUUCCCUAAAUGUAACUUUAAAAGUUUGUACCGUUCUUUGUAAAAUGUCACCUGUAUGAGUCCAUCAAAAAAAACGGAAUAAAUGCUCAUGAGCAGAACAUUAUGUUUUAUCACUUACAUUAAACAAUUACUUUAUUUAGUAUGCAUCACAGUGGCACUUUGUGCAUAUGCACAUAUUAGAAGUAAUGAAUAGGUUAGGUUGCAGUUAGUUAUGGCUCGAGUUUUAUAUUUAUUAAUCUAUAGAUUAGAAAAAUAGUUUUGAUUCAUCCUCUCAACCAAUCCAUAGUGUUUCUCUUUUUGUGUCAAUAAACCAGGUGUAUGUGAUACACAGCAAAUGAUUCUGAUAGUUUCAAUUCAGUUAGCUUUCUGUUGCAGAAAGCUGACAAAUGAACUACAAAUCCCAGAAACCCAUUACUUCAAGUGAUUUAUUGAAUAAUAUCAGCACUGCCGUACAGAGUUACACUGGUUAAGUCCCUUUCUCGUCAGGGCACAGGUCACUGCAGGAUCUGUCUCCAUACUCGUUCAAAGUGUUUGACUGUAUUAUGGCGCUUAAUAUUUAGUUUUAAAAUGCUGUAGAUGGGCUAACAUGUAAUAUAAAUAUAAGGCAGCUCUAGAGGAGACAAUUUCACUACACAUGAUCACUGCAGGACUGCAUUCAGUGGCUGAAAGUGCUCAUCUUGCUCACAUGGCCCUGCUUUGCUCUGUAGAGAUAUCCAGAUUCUGCUGCUAGGGAAGACUGAAUGCAGAGGAUGAGGUAAGUUGUCAAACCAUGCUAAACCAGUUUGACUAAUUACCAUGGAUGACAACAGGGCAUUUAUGGUACCAUAACUACUAUGGAGGAUUUACUGCUUAUGCCUCACCUGUUAGCAUCCCUAGGCAUGACAUCUAAUGAGGUGUGUGUGUAUAUAUAUAUAUAUAAAUACAUACACAAGAUCCAGCGCACUCACCUAUCCACUAAACAGCAACUUCAAUGUUGAAAGAUUUUUUAUUUUUUUUUAAACACCUAAUCUAGGCAAAAAUAAUGGGGGUUUAGUUACAUUAUAUGAUCAUAGAUUGCAUAAGCCUGCCACAUAUAUAUAUAUAUAUGUCUACCUCAGAUAAUCAUAGAUUAGAAGCUCCUUCGAGCAGGGUCCUUUCUAUAAUUGUAAAGCGCUGUGGAAUAUGUUGAUGCUGUAUAAAUGCUAAUAAUAACAAUAAUACAAACCCUGUACGUCCUAUGUAAAGCUACACAGAAGAGAAUCCAAUAACCUUUGCAAAGUAGCAUUUGAAAUUUUAGCUGGGAAAGCAGAAAAAAUGUCAAAGUAUCAUAAGUCAUGGUUUAGCUCACAGUAGUGAUUGUUAUUUUAAAGUUGACAUUCUUGCAAAUGUGUUACAUAUAUGGAAUUGAAAAUUAUAUUAUUUUCUCAUACUUUAUUAAAGUACAAGUCUGCCUUGCGACCACCAAAGCCGCAGAAACACAACAAACCAAACCAAACCAGUUCACAAAACACGAUGUCUGGCCACAAAACAGAUGGUUCUGAUGAAUGUUACUCUCCAGCACUGUUCUCACAAUCUAAAGGAACACAUAACAUGAUGGUGAGAACUGGACUAAGCCGUAAUAGUAUUCUUGAAAUACAUUACCUGGACUCAAAUAUCCAGAUGCCUGACAUGACUCCCGAACUGACAGCUACAGAACGUGAGGAAUGGAAACAGGUACAUGAUCGUUAAAUAACAGAGAUUAACUGUGGUGUAUAAACAAAUUACGAUGGUGCCACCUUUUUGAUCUCUUGUCUCCUAAAAAAAAAACUGUAUUAAAGAGAUAAACAAUUGUGUAUAAGAAACAAACCCACACUGCAACAUUGUUAAAUUAAAUUUAAUUGAAAUUAGCUUUUUUUUUUUUUUUUACUUGCAUUUGUAACAUUUUGAUAAGAUUGGAACAUUCUGAUUAUAUUGGUUACUUCUGUGCACAAUUAAAAGGAGUUAAACUAGAAAAAACAACAACAACAACAAAAACAAUCAAAGGCCCGAGACUCAAAACGCAAGCAUUUGCAGGCAACGAGGUUUGGAAACAGAGGUCCGUUGCAGUAGUUUCUGUUUACUAUUUCAUUUCAGUGUUUGGAGAAUUGCCUGUGCAUAUAUUUUGAGGAACUGAUGCAGAUAGGGACGAUUCAUAUUUUGUUUAUACUCCUGCCCUCUGUAUAUACUAUUGUUGUCUGUUUUUCUAGCUAUUUGUAAAUACAAAGACGAACAGUUCUGAUUAACCUUAAUCUUUUUAAAAAGUAUAUUAGUUUGAUAGGGCAAUAAUUGUAGAAAUAUUCUUCAAUUGGAUACAUUUAACAAUAAAGGUAUAAAUUAAACAAAACUCAUAGAUUGUAAGUAAUAUGCCAACUUGUGUUUCAUACUGAAGUUACUGAGACUAUAUUUAAAAGAAGAAAAACUACCACAACAAGAGGACAUAGUCUUAAAUUAGAGGGGCAAAGGUUUCAAAAUAAUAUCAGGAAGUAUUACUUUACUGAGAGGGUAGUGGAUGCAUGGAAUAGCCUUCCAGCUGAAGUGGUAGAGGUUAACACAGUAAAGGAGUUUAAGUAUGCGUGGGAUAGGCAUAAGGCUAUCCUAACUAUAAGAUAAGGCCAGGGACUAAUGAAAGUAUUUAGAAAAUUGGGCAGACUAGAUGGGCCGAAUGGUUCUUAUCUGCCGUCACAUUCUAUGUUUCUAAGUUAAUAUAUCCAUUUAUAACACAGGCAAACCCGCUAAUUCUGGAUAAAAUUAAAGAGUGUGCUAUGUAAUAAUUAUUGUGCUGUUCUGUUUUUAAAGGUUGUGGACAUAUUGUGGAGUGAUCCCAGAAACCAAAAUGGCUGCUUACCCAACAGCUUUCGAGGUGGAGGUUGUUACUUUGGGCCAGAUGUAACAGCAAAGUUACUUGAUAAAUACAAUUUAAAAAUGUUGAUUAGGUCACAUGAAUGCAAAGAGGAAGGCUAUGAAAUAUGUCACAAUGGAAAGGUAAGAAUUUGUGUAGGUUUACACCAAACACAUUCUCUCUGAUCCAGUAUGCAUGCUUGUCAUUAAAGAAGAACAGCUCAUUGAAACUUUUCACUCCUAUCCCUUACAUAUUCUAGCCAAAGCUCCUAGAGUUACAUGCUGUCACAUAUAUGUAUUAUAGAACAUUUUGGAAAACCCAUAUAUCAUUUAUACAAAGUGCUGGAAAGAUAUUAACUAAGGAGAUUAGAAGUGUCAUGUUUUGGAACUUAAUGCUUUAUAAUCAUCAGAUAACCUGCUUCUAGCAUUGAUAUUUAUACACAUCAAGCAUUGCACCAUUACAGAAAUAAAGAUGAUGCACAUCAAACAUGAAGGAAGAAUCUGUCCAAAUGAAAGGAAGAAACCAUGACUGGUGCAUCCAUUAUGGAUUGGAAAGAAAGUAUAUUAACAUAAAAUAGUUUGAUCAAUACAAGCUGGUAAUAUAGAUGAGAUAGGGUAGAGUGGAACAAUGUAGAAAUGGAAUAAAAAUGAUAGAGUAGGGUAGAAUGGGGAAAUGUGAAGGAUAUAAAAGCUUGCUAACAUGGUGUGAGGAAAGUGUAAUAGGUAAAGAGGAAAUACUGCAAUAGAACUGGUGGGAUCUGAGAUAGAGGGUAAAAGAGGAUCAAAGGAAGACUAGGUAUAGAAAUUGUAUUGGGAUGAAGAUGUUUAGAACCGGGGAAGCUAGAAAGGGACAAAAACUAAAAUAAAAAGAGGGUGAAGUGAAUUCAAAUAAAAAGCUUUCAUCAUAGUUACAUAGCUGAAAAGAGACUUGCGUCCAUCAAGUUCAGCCUUCCUCACAUUUGCUUUUUUGCUGUUGAUCCAAAAGAAGGCAAAAAACCCAGUUUGAAGCACUUCCAAUUUUGCAACAAGCUAGGAAACAAAAUCCUUCUUGACCCCAGAAUGGCAGUCAGAUUAAUCCUUGGAUCAAGCAGGUGUGUGUAAAUGGGGAGGUUUAGAAAAAGAUUUACAUGGUGACAUGAUCGCGAUUUGUAGAUGGACGGAUUCAAAUGCAGUAAGAAUAGGAUAAAAAAGAUGGAAACCGGAACAUUGCUUUGGAACAAAGUGGGAUUAGGUAGUAAAGUAAUAAAGAAGGGUGAAGCAAAUGAGUUGUGGGAAGGUGGAAUAAAACAUACGAUUGCAGGUCAAUCUAUAGCCAAAUAAAAUUAAUGUAAACAUUGAAACUUAAGGAGUGAAAUACAAGCAAACAUGUUAAACUGUUUUAGGGUUGGAAAUAUAUAGACAGCAGUGAUAUCAGAGACUUAAAAAGACACUCUAGGACCCACCCUGCUUAAUUUCAGUUUAAACAUUUCCAUUUAGUAUAUAUGGAAAUUUCUUGAAUACAUGACCUUCCUGACUUCAUUAUAGCCCACAGAUAGUGCUUCCCCACUAUUGAUUAAAGAUUUACUUGGUUGUGAGACAUUGGAUGCAUUUGAUUAGAUGCACGCGCAGUGCUCACCUUGCAUGCAAUUCUGGUUCUAGUGCUUCUUUGUGAGAAGCCUCAAGCAUGACAUCACAGGAGAAGGUGUGUGUCUCAAUGCUGGAAAUAAAAGUAAGUAUAAAGCUUUUUUUUCCUUUUUUUUGUUUUUUUUUAAAUUAGGGGGCAUCUAACCCGAGGAGACACUAUAGUGUUAGGAAUACAUAUUUGUAUUAACAAUACAAUAGUGUUUCUUCAAGGAAGCAGAAAUACGGUAAUAUAUUAUUCAGGUAACAUGAAUGUUAUUAGCAAAGUUCCAGGGACAAGAUUAAUAAAAUGUCCAUGUCUCCUCCACAUAGUUUGUUACUUGUUAUAUGAAAUCGGUUUAUAUGGUGCAUGUGUGAAAUUAUACUAUUAUUUGUCAUGUUAAUGCAUCUAGUUGUACUGCUGGUCCUCUGUUAAUGUAAAUUGUAAUUUUUCCAUUAAACAGGUAAAUAAAUGUUCUUAUAUUAAACAGGAACAAAACUAGUGUCUCAUAAGAGAUCUAGUGGACACAAACAGUGAAUGUCUCAUUAAGAAACAUUAAAUGUCUGGGGAGCUAUAAGUAGGAACUAAUGGUAACGUACUAAUGAGGUAUUAAAGUAAGAGGAUAAUUUAAGGAGAAAUAUGACUAAGGCAUUACAUGAGACUAAAUUAGAGUCCCUCAUGAGAUCAAAGAAGAAUGUCAAAAUAAACGUAUAAACAUAACAGAACCUUCAAUUAUACAAGAAAAAGGAAUAACAGAAGUCAGCAAGGGGACUGUGGUACCUGAAUAUAAAUUAUCAGCAAUGUCCAAUCUGAGUUCCUUUUCAACUCUCCAGGGUGGCAUCCAGACCUUUGCGGCAAAUUAUUGCACGUGUGCUACACCAUUCCCUGCAGCCAAACUCCAUUAUAGAAUACUGCUUUUUUACAGUAUCAUGUGCACAGUUGUUUAUUGAAAGUUGUGGGUAGGUGAUGUACAAGUAAAUAGAAUAGAAGUGAGUCAAGAAUGCAAAAGCAAACAUUGGAUGGGUGUUAGAUUGUAAGCUUAUUUGAGCAGGAUCUUCUUGGCUCUGUUAAUUGUUUUGUAUGUAAGUUAAUUAUUUAAUUUCAAUAAACUAGACAACUUUAAACGGUAGCACUGCAGAGAGAAGUUUUUUUUUCACUUUAAGCUGUAGUGGUAAUGGUGCUUAGAGUAACCCUUUAAGUUACAUUGUCAUUGUAUGAGUACUGUUAAAGAAGAUUUUAUCAUUAGUUCACGUACAUAUAACUUGUCAGUUAUUUGAUUUUCAACUUUUCUCAUUUUCCUUUCCUUUCAUGUAAUGAAUGAUAGUUCUUGAAUAUUAACAGGGUUAUUUACUAAAGUGAGAAUGCAAAGUGAAUUUCAUGUUUAAGACCACAAUAGUUGAACUGGAAAAAAAUAUCUAUUCAGCUAUGCUUCCAGUUUGACUACUUUGACCUGAAAUUUGAAAUACUGUUUGAAUUUACUGUAAAUACUCACCUUAGUGAAUAACCCUGUACGUGGUUGUAGGGGUCUUCUAUUGAUAAGUAUAAAUACACUAUUUUCUUCUCUAGGUCAUAACUAUUUUUUCAGCUUCUAAUUACUAUGAUGAGGGCAGCAACAGAGGAGCUUACUUAAAACUGUGCCCAGCCCUAGCACCACGAUUUGUGCAAUAUCAAGUGAAUAAAUGCACGCGAAAACUUACUCUUCAUCAAAGGUUAGAUGGCAUAUUUAUUUAUUUGCUAUAUUUACUUACUUCAUAUAUCGAUUUCAUGCAGCUGAGUAAUGUUUUUAUUUUAUAAUGUCCAAUUUAUGUGUAAAUUACUGUUCAAAAACAUGCAGUUUAUUUUAGAAUAUCUGCAACUCUAAGUAUAUUUUAUCAUAGCAAAGUUUGGGCUUCAUAUAUGGACUGAACCCCAUUCUCUUUAAACACUAUCAGUCCCAGAUUAAUCCAAAAGACAGAAUUACCUUUAAAUAAAGAGAAAGUGGUUGUUUCCCAAUAACAAUUAAUGUUGUGAUCUGGUGAGCUGUAUGUAGCAAUAACCGAAUGUUCACUUUAAGAUAGGCAUGAUGAUUCACUUAGAGGUCCAAUGCUGAAGAUAUUUAUCUGCAAAGAAAAUUCAUACACUGUGCUGUGGAGCCUACUAAUUCAUAUAAGAAGCUGGAAGGGUAGUUCAUUUGAUUAAAGAAUCGAUUGUUGACAGUACAGAGCUCUGGCCCUAAGUAUGAUAACUUAGAUUUCAAAGAUGGAUAAAAUAAGUUCCAUUCAAAUAGGGAGUAAUAUCUAUUAACACCUUAAAUAAAUCUCAGACCUCUUAAGAAAAACAAAUCAAAUAUUGAAUGUUACACCAAAAAAGGGUGGUUUCAAACAUAUUCAUACUUGUUUACUUGUUCUCUUUGCUUUUUAGAGUGAGUGCUGUAGAAGACUCAGCCUUUAGAGCGCUACAGGAAAAAAUCUAUACACAUCGUUCAGAUCUCAUGAAAGCUUUUAGAGAGCAUGACCCAAAAGAAACAGGUAGGAAUUUACAUAUUUACUUAAACAAAAAAAAUAUAUAAAAAAACAUUUACAGGGUUUCUCCAAGCACCAUUACCAUAUAUCGAUAUGAAGUGGCUAAUGUGCUAGGAGUCUCUAUGUGCAGCGUUUUGUCUCGAAACACUGCACUUACAGAGAUAACAAGGCAUGGAGGAUUGGGCUGCGGAUGAAACUGGAAAAACGGUAAGUUUAAUCUUUUUUUUUAAUUUUGUGGAGAGGGGUGGACAAGAGCAAAAACAGUGUAUUUUAUUCACAUAGACUAAUUUCUAAACACAUAUAUUGUAGUUUAAAAACACAUUGCUGUGAGUAUAAUUGCUGUUAAGUUUUGAGAUAUACCAAGAUGUAGAGAUGUGCAUGGGAAAAAUAUUCGGUUCGGCAUUCCAAAAUUCGGAACUUCGACACUUCGGAAUACAUCCCUGGGGCCAUAGUCACAGGACAAGAGGCUGGCAAGUAGGCCUCUCCAAACCCCAGUGACGAAGGUGCUUUCGUCACAAUCAUGAUGAACUAUGUGCAACAAACUAUAUAGGUGAUAUAAAUCCACUCAAACUAAGGAAAAAAGACACACAAAGGGUUAUACAUCAAGCAGUGAACUAACCCUUGAAUUGUCAAUUAUGCCCAAAAUAGUGGAAUAUUAAAUAUUUUAUGUUGGUUUCAAUUAUCCAAUGUUGUGUGAAUAUUUUGAUACAAAAUUUAAAUAACAACUUUAAAUGGCAACUGGGUAUACCGCAUAAUCACACAAUAAAAUCUGGAUAUGGAUAAUGGAACAUAGUUGAUAUAGGUAGAAUGUCAUACACAAUAAAAGCAUGAAUAUAUAAUUUAACUAGGCAUUAAUAAUAACAUUCUAUCAAUGUGUUUUUUAUUUAUGAUUUGUAUUGCAGGAAGAAUUUCUAUUAGCGAGUGGGCAUUAUCAAUGGAAGCAGUUUUACAUCUAAAUCUUCCAUGGAGAACUUUACGUUCUCGUUUAGCAAAAAUCAAUUCUGAUGGAACUGUGGAAUAUCUUUCAUGUUUUGAAGAUCUUCAAAUACAGCAGCCAGUUAAAGAAGUCUGUAUUUUUCUAACUCAUAUAAUUGUCAUAAAAUAAAUGAUGAAACCUGAGACUGUUAUUUUGCAUACAAAAGAUUUUUAAUGUGCUUUGAGAUUUUAAGAUGCAUCAUAUGAACAACUUUUAAUACCAUUAUUCAGAUCAAUAUAUAAAUAUUCAAGUCAAUAUUGUAAAUUUUCACCACUUCAAACUAUACUUGUUACACAAACAUUUUUAGUUCCCAAUAAUGUAAAAUUACAUAACAAAAAAUACUUAAAAUAAAAAUCCAAAUAACAACUUAAACUCAUUUUAAUUUAUCACUCCCCAUUACAACUUCACCUCAAUUAAGUUGUUAUGGUACAUGCUAUCAUAUCUUAAGGGGUUAAACCAUUUUCGCCUGUUUAACUCAGAGGUUCGUUCUCUGGUGCCUAGGAACUGUGCCUACUGUCAUACAUUGAAGGAGAGCAUGCCACUAGGCAGAAGGUGUCAGGUUACUCUAUCAUUCUAUUACUGGUCACCCAUUGGGAGUGAUAGCAUGCAUUAUUACUCACAAUGGACAGCAAGUGUUAGCCUAUCACCGGUUGCCAAGGCAAAUCUUCUGGGCUAUACAGCAGCAGGAGGAGGAGGUUUAACCCUUGAAGAUACAAUGGCCCAAGUGACUCCAAGCCCAUGAGAACUUUAAAGGGGCACUAUAGUCAAGAAAACAACUUUAAUUUAAUGAAGCAGUUUUUGUGUAUAGAUCAUGCCUCUGAAGUUUCACUGCUCAAUUCACUGUCAUUUAGGAGUUUAAUAUUUUUUGUUUCUGUUUAUGCAGCUCUAGCCACACCUCUCCUGGCUUAGCCUGCAUUAAAAAACAAAAUGGUUUCAUUUUCAAUCAGAUGUUAACCUACUUUCCAAGUUUUUAUCUCCUACUCUGUAAAUUCAACUUUAAUUACAUACAGGAGGCUCCUGCAGGGUCUAUUCACAUGGGAGGUGGGGGAGGCAAGGGGCUAUGGCUGCAUAAACAAAUUAAUGUAACUCCUAAAUGGCAUAGAAUUGAGCAGUGAGAUUGCAGGAACAUGAACUAUACACCAAAACUGCUUCAUUAAGCUAAAAUUGUUUUGGUGACUAUAGGGUCACUUUAAGGUUGCUCUAUAAGGACAUUUGGAUUUAGAAUUGUGUUGAAAUAAUAAGGAACAACUGCCUGUUAGUAAAAUAAUUAACUAUUAAAUCUAUGAUGUUUUUUUCACAUAAAAUAGGUUCAACCAAACUUGAUAGAAACAUUACAAAGAUACAGGGCUGACCUGGAACUCGUAUUUAAUAUAAUUGACAAAGAUCACUCAGGUAAUUUGGUUAUUUGAUGUUACAGUUUUACAGCUAUAAUAUGUUGCUUUGCAAAUUGAAUUAACUAUAUGUUCUUGCUAUCUGAAUCAUGUUUUUUUUUUUUUUUUUUCUCGAUGAGAAUUAAAAUAAAACAUAACACGUAAUUCUAAAAAAUAGACAACAAUACUACAUAUAUUUACAUAUGCUUAUUCACCAAGAGUGCACUUGAAAUGACAAACAUAUAUAUAUUAUAGCAAAAUGACUUUUAAUUCCCUCUUUUGAUCCCUUUGUUCCAUCGUUACGUUCAGUGGGUAGUCGUUAAAUAUAAGUGUCUUCAUACUUUGAGUCUUCAAAAUUGAGUGGUAACUAUAAUAAUAAUGGUUCAUGGUACCAUGUCCUCUGGUUCAAAUGUUGUACUCCCUAUGAUGAUAGGUUAAGGAUCCCAAACUCUUCUUACUAAUAUACUAUCACCACUACAGGGACUAAAACCAAUGGUUAACUAAACUAGACCCUUUGUUUUGUGUACCUGGUGAUUUGUAAGUUAAAGUAAACUCUUUUCUGGAUCCCUGUAAUAUAUUUUCCGAUUUCAUAGAUUUGUGUUCUCACUGCUUUUUCCAAGGAAAAUAAGUAUCUAAAAUAAUCACAUUUGUCUAAUGAUUUCAUCUAAUGCCCAUGAGUUCUCUUUAUCUAUCCAUUGAAGUAGGAUUCCAAAAAAAGCAAUUGUUAAAGGACCCAGACCACUUCAUCUCAAUGCUGCGGUCCUUACAUUUUAACCAGUCACCCAGACCACUUCAUCUCAAUGCAGUGGUCCUUUCAUUUUAAUCAUCCAAUGUAAAACAUUGCUGUUUUAUAGAAACUGCAGUGUUUACUUUAAUCCCUUAAGGACCAUACUUCUGGAAUAAAAGGGAAUCAUGACAUGUCACACAUGUCAUGUGUCCUUAAGGGGUUAAAAGCUUAAAUACACCUCUUGUGGCUCUCUUUCUGACAGCCUUUAGAGGUGCUUCCACCUCCAAAACCAGCGGCAUACAUAUCGCGGUCGCAGGGGUCGCAGCUGCGACCGGGCCCGGCACUUCAGGGGGCCCGGCCACCCUGUGGACCCCUGUGACCGGGUACCAUGCCUGCUGCCACAUUUUGCGGCUCCAGCACGCGCAGCAAACCACCGUGGCCGCAUGUGGAGGGGUCCAUCAGGUGGCCCAUGCUGUCAGGGCCACCCGAUGGAUAUGGAUUGUGAGGGGGCCCGGUUGGCGCUGGGCACUUUAAGAGCGCGACCGGGCCCCCUGUAAUGACAUCACAAAGCUGGGAGGAAGUGAUUCCCCGGUCACUCCUCCCAGCAUAAUGAGAGCCCGCCUGGGAGGAAGCAGGAAGGAGGAGGAGGAGGGAGUCUGAGUGUAUAUAUGUGGGAACUCUGACUCCCAUCAGGCUGAGCCACCACUGGACCCCAGGGAAAGUAACAAGGUAGGAAACAUUUUGUGUAUGUGUGUGUGUUUCUCUGUAUGUAUAUGUGUGUGUGUGUCUGUGUGUGUGUGUGUGUCUCUGUAUGUGUGUGUCUCUGUAUGUGUGUGUGUGUCUGUGUCUCUAUAUGUGUGUGUGUGUCUGUGUCUCUGUAUGUGUGUGUCUGUGUGCGUGUGUGUCUCUGUAUGUGUUUGUGUCUGUGUCUCUGUAUGUAUGUGUCUCUGUAUGUGUGUGUGUCUGUGUCUCUGUAUGUGUGUGUGUCUGUAUGUGUGUGUGUCUGUGUCUGUGUGUGUGUCUGUGUCUGUAUGUGUGUGUGUCUGUGUCUCUCUGUAUGUACAUGUGUGACUCUGUAUGUGUGUGUGUCUAUGUAUGCAGUGGCCUACACACAAUCCAUGGGGCCCCGUAUGUAUGUGUCUGUGUCUAUGUAUGUGUGUGUAUCUAUGUAUGUGUGUGUGUCUAUGUAUGUGUGUGUGUCUGUGUGUGUGUGUGUGUGUAUCUCUGUGUGUGUGUCUGUGUCUAUGUGUGUGUGUGUGUGCCUGUGUCUCUGUAUGUAUGUGUCUGUCUGUAUAUAUGUGUGUGUGUCUGUAUGUAUGUGUCUGUCAAGGGAUGGAUGUGUGUGUGUGUGUAUCUGUCUGUGUGUAUGUUUGUGUGUGUGUCUAUAUGUAUGUAUGUGUCAGGGGGGUGGGGGAGGGCACGGAUCGGGCGAGAGAGGGGAGCAUGGAUCGGGGGAGAGAGGGGAGGGGGGGGGGCCCACGGAUCAGUUUCGCACCGGGGCCCCAUGAAUUGUGUGUACGCCACUGUCCAAAACCAAACCAAACUUGGUCUUGCAAUAAAAUAUUUAUCUUAAAUGAAUUUGAUUAAAAAAAGGAGCCCAGCAUUUGGCCACACAUGUGUAUCUGUAUGUGUUGGAAAGAUCAAGAUUGCAGAGGACACCAGCAGUUAUGCUCCGUGAGACAGUGUGGGAGGUUGCAGCAGAGCAAUCUCGGCGCUGGAAACAAGGUAAGUAAAAUAGAUUAAUCUUCAAUUUUACAUCACUAAAGGGAAGUAGAGAGAAAAAUAGAAGGGAACUUAUAAAAGAAAAAAAAAUCUAAAGUUUCCUUUUAACCCCACAUAAAUGUUGAAAAAAAGAAGUAAGUCCCUCCAGUGCAUUCACUGGUGCAAACAAAUGUCUUCCAUUAUGUCUCUACAACUGAUUAACCAUUACCUGCAUAGCAACUGGCUGGGUUUACCUACAGUCAGUCAUUAACAACAACUCGACAAACCUUUAUUGUGUUCUCAGCAAUUAUGACUGUCUUUGGCUUUUCAUAAGCUCUUAUACUUCAUAAGCUCUUAUACUUUUUUAUUAUAAAAUAUACUUUUAUAAUAUUUAAAGUUUAGCAAUGUUAUACGUUGCUUCUGUUCAUUUCCAUACAGAGUGGAUAUAUCCAUAAUAAACAUUCUGCUUUUGUUUUCCUCAGGCCUUAUUUCCAUUGAGGAGUUUCGUCAAACAUGGAAGUUUUUCAGCUCUCACCUCCAUAUUGACAUAGAUGAUGAAACUAUUGAUGACUUGGCUCACAGCAUUGACUCCAACAAAGAUGGCAGUAUUGACUUUCAUGAAUUCUUAGAAGCUUUUCGUGUGGUUAACAAGUUUGAUAAGAAUGGGACUUGUCUGUGA